GCCUCUCAAGAUAUGGAAGCUGCAGAAGUUAAGGAUAUCUCCCAGAUGGUCGACGAACAGGAACACCUACUCCGUCAACACCAUGACCAGCUGGCUCAACUGGGUACGGUAAUGGAUAAGGUCCUCCGUGUUCUCCACCACCCGUGAGAAUUCAUCUCCAACUAGCGGAGGUUCCUCUACCACGAGUCGUCCCAGCGAGCCAGAGGAACCUCCGCAUGUAUGUAUGUAUGUAUGUAUGUAUAUGUGUCUAUGUCCCAACCAGACAAAUAUGACACGACUCCAUCGGAAUGCCGUGGCUUCCUACUCUAGUGCUCUCUCUAUUUCGCUCAUCAGACAGGAGCCCCCACCACCGAGAAGUCCAAGGUUGCUGCGGUCAUUUCCCUGCUGACUGGACGGGCUUUGGAGUGGGCUACGGCCGUCUGGGAGAGAGGAGAGGAGGAGCUGGGUUCCUAUGGCUCUGUUUAUGGCGAUCUUUGAUCAUCCACCUGAGGGCAGAGCAGGAGGUCGCUGAGGCACAGUUCCAGCAGGUCUUCCGACACUAUGACCUUCCGGAGGACAUCGUCUCCGAUAGUGGCCUCCAAUUCACGUCACGGGUAUGGAAAGCCUUCAUGGAGAAGCUGGGGGUCACCUUCAGCCUCACUUCUGGGUACCGGCCUCAGUCCAAUGGGCAGGUGGAGAGGAUGAACCAGGAGCUGGGGAGGUUCUUUAGGCGCUGGCCUGGUUCCAUCCCUGGAUGGGGUACACCCAGAAUUUACACUGCCACUCCUCCACCAGGCAGACCCCCUUCCAGUGUGUCCUGGGAUAACCAUCCCUGGCUCCAUGGACCCCGAGCCAGACCGACUCUCCUGCGGCAGACGAGUAGUUCAGAAGGAGCAGGUGGAGCCGGCGGACUGAGGCUCCCGUAUUCCAUCCUGGUGAUCGUGUCUGGCUCGCCACCGGAACCUUCUGCUCUGUCUGCUCUGUAGGAAGCUGAGUCUCCGGUUUAUGGGACCCUUCAAGGUCUUCCGGUCAAUGAGGUAACCUAUAGAUUACAACUACCCAGUGGUUCCUGGUCCCCUGGCUGGUGUUGUCCCCCGCCCCUGGACAUCGAUGGGAGCAUCACUUUUGCCGUCAGGUCCCUCCUGGACUCCCGACGUCGUGGGGGUUGGCUCCAGUACCUGGUGGACUGGGAGGGUAUGUUCCAGAGGAGCGCUGUUGGUUCCCAGUGGACGUCCCUCGCAACGCCCCUGGACAUCGAUGGGUGCCUCGCCUUUGCCGUCAUGUCCCUCCUGGACUCCUGACGUCAUGAGGGUUGGCUCCAGUACCUGGUGUACUGGGAGGGUACGGUCCUCCACCAGGCCUGGCGUCGUCCUGCGGCUGGCGUCGUCCUGCUUCCUGACUCCAACGCAGAUUAAGCCUAGUCCUGGAAUUAAAAAGCAUGCUCGAGAGAACCUGUGUCCAGGAAACUGGCACAGUGUGUACCUGUCCAGGCUAGAGGGUGACUGUGUGGGCCGGAGUACGUCUGGCUGGAGUACGUCACACUAGACUACUCAUAGGGUAUCCUGCUGGGGUACAGACAGCUUGUUUGCAGGGGGGAACAGCUGCCAACGCUUCCUGAAAUACAACAGGGUAGGAGUACUGAUCUAGGUUCAGUUUAUUUUAAAGGGAAAGCCAUCACCAAAGCCAUUGCAUGCAUCAUUGCAAGUUAAGCAUGUCACUGUACUUCAGCAUGUGACGAAUAAAACAUGAAACCCCAAUGCUUAUACUCUAUGUAGUUGAGGAAACAUGGAAUCUAUCACCAUUCAA